GACUGCCAAUAAAGUCAUGGAAGCGCAUAUUGUUAAAGAAGAAAUAACUCGAGAAUGCAAAGAGUAAAUGAAAAAUAAUUACUCCCUCAGUCCCGAAAUAAACUUCUCACUCUACGUUUUUUUCCGUCCGAAAAUAAUCUUCCCACUCUACGUUUUUAUCAAUACUCUUCCAAAAAUACCCCUCAUUUACUAUCUCUCGCCAACCUCUCAUUUACGGACUCUCUCUCUUUCGCCAACCUCACCCAACCUCAAUCACUCCCUUUUUAUCUUAUCUUUUGAGAUUUUCAAUCUCAACUCCAAGAUCUGCAAUGGAAUCGCCUUCUCCUCCACGAUCUGCAAUGGAAUCGUUGGAUUUAUGUUUUGAAUCUUUUGUUCUUGAGACGGAAUUUCAAGAUGGUGGAGGUGAGGACGUGAAUUUCAUCUCUGAUGACACGGAGGAGGACGAGGUCAUCGUCAUCCAUAGCGAGGACGAUGCUGCCGAUGUUGCCCCGGUCAGAGACAUGAAGGACGUCAUCGACCUUGAAUCACAUAUAGACAACGUUUUUCUUCAUGGGAGCGAGGAGGGGGACUUAAUUCUUCUCGACACUGAGAUUGAUGACCCAAAGGGAUGUGAAAAACGUGGGAUUGAGCAUUCUCAGGCGCUCUAUUCACACAUGCAUCUACACAUCGAUAUGCUGAACAUCUUGCUUCCAAGCCCUGAUCCAAAUUUUUGGGCUUCAAUGUACAAGUGGGGAAGUUCCUGUCACCUUUUUUAACUUCAAUUACUCAUAGUAUUUCCAUUAUUGGAUGUGAUUGUUCUAAAUGUGUCUCUGCUUCUUAUGGAUGUUACUGUGAUUGUG